AUGGCGAUGGCGAGUCUCGCUAGACGAAGAGCUUCGACGCUGUUCUCUUCCUCUUCGAAGAAUAUCUGCAGCGGAACCAAGUUUUCGAGGAUUGCGAGCAGGGGAUUCGCCUCUGGAUCUGACGAGAACGACGUCGUCGUCAUCGACGGCGGGCCUGGAGGCUACGUAGCCGCGAUCAAGGCGGCGCAGCUUGGCCUCAAGACCACGUGCAUCGAGAAGCGCGGGACCCUCGGCGGGACCUGCCUCAACGUCGGUUGCAUCCCAUCUAAGGCUUUGCUUCAUUCCUCCCACAUGUAUCAUGAAGCAACACACUCAUUCGCCAAACAUGGUGUAAAGGUCUCUUCCGUCGAGGUAGACCUUCCCGCCAUGAUGGCCCAGAAGGACAAAGCCGUUGUUGAAACUUUGGAGGGAGACAACAAAGUUGUCAAGGGCAAAAACAUCAUAAUAGCCACCGGCUCGGAUGUCAAGAGCCUCCCCGGCAUCACCAUCGACGAGCAAAAGAUUGUGUCCUCCACCGGCGCCUUGGCCCUCAAGGAAAUCCCCAAGAAGCUUGUGGUCAUCGGGGCCGGCUACAUCGGCCUUGAGAUGGGUUCCGUGUGGGGCCGCCUCGGCUCGGAGGUCACUGUGGUCGAGUUUGGACCCGACAUUGUCCCAACGAUGGAUGAAGAGGUCCGGAAGCAGUUCCAGCGUUCGCUCGAGAAGCAUAAGAUGAAGUUUAUCCUCAAGACUAAGGUUGUCUCGGUCGAUCCUGCUGGAGAAGGCGUCAAGCUAACGCUCGAGCCAGCUGCGGGCGGUGACCGGACUACCAUUGAGGCGGAUGUUGUCCUCGUCUCGGCAGGACGGGUCACAUUCACCAGCGGGCUCGAUCUGGAGAAAAUUGGUGUCGAGACUGAUAAAGCGGGUCGGAUCCUUGUGAACGGUAAAUUCGCAACUAACGUGAAGGGUGUUCACGCGAUAGGUGAUGUCAUCCCAGGGCCCAUGCUAGCCCACAAGGCCGAGGAGGAUGGGGUGGCUUGCGUGGAGUAUAUAGCCGGAAAGGAAGGGCAUGUGGAUUAUGAUAUGGUUCCUGGUGUUGUGUACACGCACCCAGAGGUGGCUUCGGUUGGGAAGACAGAGGAGCAGGUGAAGGCACUCGGGGUCAGUUACCGUGUCGGGAAGUUUCCGUUUUUGGCAAAUAGCAGGGCAAAGGCGAUAGAUGAUGCGGAGGGAAUCGUGAAGAUACUCGCCGAGAAGGAGAGUGACAAGAUCCUUGGAUAUGGGGCAUCAAGCGAGGACAUUGCGCGCACCUGUCAUGCCCACCCGACCAUGAGCGAGGCCUUGAAGGAAGCGGCUAUGGCGACUUAUGAUAAGCCCAUUCACAUUUAG